AUGGAGACCGCAUCACAUCCGCCGCCGUGGUGGCUGGCCGCGAGAUCGUGCAGCCUCCCCUCAGGCGGGUUCAUCCAAUGGGCCGCCUUCAUGUUCCUCUCCACGUCCUCGCUGGAGGCGCUCCUGUCGGCGGCGUCCGCGGGGUUCCUCGCCGUCCUCCUCUGCCUCGCGCUUCGCAGGCUCCUUUUGUCCCGCUCCCGCACGAAUGACAACAUCAACGGAAACGCCGACAGGCCGCUUCUCGACAGGGCGGCUGAUCCGCGGCUGGCGGUGCGGAUCGGUGCCCGCUACAUCGUGGCCCUGGCGGCGUCCACGAUCCUCGCCGCGUUCUACGCCGUGCUGCUCGUGCUGUCUUCUUUAGCGGCGAGAGGUGGCUGGGAGGCGGCGUUCCUGGCGCUGCAGUGCGCGGCGCACCUCGCCGCCGCUGUGCUGGUGGCCAGAGAGAGGCGGUCUAGUGCGCCGAGGACGCACCCGAUCACGCUACGGCUCUUCUGGCUCACGGUGCCCGCGCUGACCGCACUCGUCGCGGCCACCGCGAUCGCGCGCGUCGCAUCCGGCGCCGCCGCGUUCCCCGACGACGCUCUCUCGAUCACAGCGCUCGUUCUAUCCCUGCCCCUGCCGGUCCUCGCGGUCUCCGGCUCCACGGGGAUCACCAUGAACGCGGCGGAUAACGAUGCCAGGGCCGACGAGAACGUGACGGCGUACGCGCGGGCGUCGUGGCUGUCGCGCGCGUCGUGGGCGUGGAUGAACCCGCUGAUCCGACGGGGGUACCACGCGACGCUGAACAUCUCCGACGUGCCGGCCCUGGCGCCGCAGCACAGGCCGGAGCGCAUGCACGAGCUCUUCGUCUCCCACUGGCCGGCUUCCUGCUCCAGCGGCUCGAGAUCGGGAUCGGGAUCGGGCUGCGCGCGCACCCUGCUCCGGUGCUUCUGGCCGCUGGUCCUGGCGAACGGGGUGCUGGCGCUGCUCCGUCUCGCCGUCAUGUACGUCGGGCCGACGCUGAUCCAGAGCUUCGUGGACUUCACGGCGGCGCCGGAGCGGCGGCCGCUGUGGGAGGGCGUGAGGCUGGUGCUGGCGCUGCUGGCGGGGAAGGCGGCGGAGGCGGUGUUCAGCCACCAGUACAACUUCCAGUGCCAGAAGCUGGGGAUGCAGGUCCGGGGCGCGCUCAUCACGGCGCUCUACCUCAAGGGCCUCCGGCUGUCUUGCGCGUCGAGGCACGAGCACGGCCUGGGCGUCAUCGUCAACUACAUGGCCGUCGACGCGCAGCAGCUCGCCGACAUGAUGCUCCAGAUGCACAACCUAUGGCUCAUGCCGCUCCAGGUGUUUGUGGCCAUUGGGAUGUUGUACUUGUACCUAGGGCCUCCGGUGAUGUCGGCGCUAGUUGGCCUUCUAGGGGUCAUGGCUUUCAUUAUGCUUGGCAACCGCCGGAUCAAUUGGUACCAGUUCUCACUGAUGAGGGAGCGAGACCGGAGAGUAAAGGCAACGAGUGAGAUGUUGAGCUACAUGCGUGUGAUUAAGCUCCAGGCAUGGGAGGAGCACUUCCAUGCGCGCAUAGCUCGGUUUCGAUGUCUCGAAUUUGGGUGGUUGUCACGCUUCCUCUACUCCAACUCAUACAACUUGAUCAUAUUGUGGAGUGGCCCGAUCUUCAUCUCCGCGCUCGUCUUCGGGACAUGUGUCCUUGUCGGCGUGAGGCUUGACGCUGGACUUGUUUUCACCGCCACCUCCUUCCUUAAGAUCCUCGAGGAGCCCAUGAAGAGCUUCCCUCAGUCAUUGAUCCAGGUGUCUGAGGCCAUGAUCUCACUACAACGCCUUGACUCGUACUUAACAAGUGCAGAGCUGGAUGAUGAUGCGGUAGAGAGGGAGUCGUGUGAUGGGCGGGUUGCUGUGCUAGUGAAAGAUGGGGUGUUUGCGUGGGACAAUGAGGAGGUGCUGCGUGGGAUCAACCUGGAGAUACAUGGCGGUGCGCUAGCAGCAGUUGUGGGCAUGGUUGGGUCUGGAAAGUCCUCGUUACUUGGUUGCAUCCUCGGGGAGAUGGCCAGGGUCUCCGGUAAGGUCAAGGUGUGUGGGAGCACAGCCUACGUUGCACAGACGGCAUGGAUUCAGAGUGGCACCAUCGAGGAGAACAUCCGGUUUGGGCAGCCGAUGCACAGGGAGAGGUACAGGGAGGCCAUCAGGGUGUGCUGCCUGGAGAAGGACUUGGAGAUGAUGGAGUUCGGCGACCAGACUGAGAUCGGGGAGCGCGGGAUCAACCUUAGCGGCGGGCAGCAGCAGCGCAUCCAGUUAGCGCGCGCCGUCUACCAGGACUGCGAUGUCUACCUCCUUGAUGACGUCUUUAGUGCAGUCGACGCUCACACAGGCAGUGAGAUUUUCAAGGAGUGUGUGCGAGGUGCUCUGAGGAACAAGACUGUAGUGCUUGUGACUCACCAAGUCGAUUUUUUGCACAAUACCGAUGUCAUAUAUGUAAUGAAGGAUGGCAUGAUAGUGCAAUCUGGCAAGUACAGUGAGCUCCUCAAGGACGGAACCAACUUCAAAGCUCUCGUUGCCGCGCACGACAGCUCCAUGGAACUAGUAGAGAGUGCAUCACCAGAGGCUCGGAAAGGCGACUGCCAGCUGCCCAUCUCCCACCAGCCAUCAAGCAAAACCAACAGGUCAUCCAAUGGCAAUGCUGGUGCCUCCAUCUCGGUCAAAGCGGUGGUCAAGUCUAAACAAGCAUCGGCGCGGCUGACCAAGGAUGAGGAGCGUGCGAGCAGCCACGUUAGCUUCGACGUUUACAAGCAGUACAUGACCAAGACUUGGGGUUGGUGGGGCGUGGUGGCAGUGAUCUUCAUGUCUGUGGUGUGGCAAGGGUCCGUGGUGGCCAGCGACUACUGGCUCUCAUAUGAGACCUCCGGCGAGUUCCAGCCAUCUAUGUUCAUCCAGGUGUAUGUCAUCAUUGCUGCUGCCUCAGUGGUAUUUUUGUCAGUGUGGUUUUUUCUUGUUGCCUUCAUUGGCCUCCAGACCGCCAACCGGUUCUUCAAGCAGAUCCUCCAUAGUAUCCUCCACGCUCCCAUGUCCUUCUUUGACACCACCCCCUCCGGCAGGAUCCUCACCAGGGCAUCAUCGGACCAGAUGAUCAUCGAUCUCGUGCUUCCGUUCUUUAUCUGGAUGGCCGUGUCCAUGUACAUCUCAAUGAUCAGUGUGGUUAUCGUCACAUGCCAAGUGGCAUGGCCAUCCGUCAUCGCCAUCAUUCCGCUAGUGUUACUCAACCUAUGGUACAGGAGCUACUACCUUUCGACAUCGAGGGAGCUGACUCGUCUCGAGUCCAUCACCAAGGCUCCGGUGAUCAACCACUUCUCCGAGACGGUUCAGGGUGUUAUCACCAUCAGAAGCUUCAGAAAGGGAGAGAGCUUCUUCCAGGAGAACCUGAAUCGCCUGAAUUCUAGUUUGAAGAUGGACUUCCACAACAAUGGCGCCAAUGAGUGGCUUGGCUUCCGCUUAGAGCUCUUGGGAAGCUUUGUUCUUUGCUUCACUGCCUUGCUCAUGGUCACAUUGCCCAAAAGCUUCGUCAAGCAAGAGUUCGUGGGUUUAUCGCUCUCGUAUGGUCUAUCCCUCAAUUCAAUAUUUUUCUAUGGUAUAUGGGUGAGUUGCCUCAUUGAAAACAAAAUGGUAUCUGUCGAGAGGAUAAAGCAAUUCAUAAGUAUCGCACCUGAGACAGAAUGGAGGAUCAAGGAAUGCUUACCUGUUGCAAACUGGCCUUCAAAAGGAGAUAUCAAUAUCAUUGAUCUUAAGGUUAGGUAUCGGCAUAACACUCCACUGGUGUUGAAGGGUAUCACAAUAAGCAUACAUGGAGGAGAGAAGAUUGGAGUCGUUGGUAGAACAGGCAGUGGGAAAUCAACGCUGAUCCAAGCCUUUUUCCGAAUGGUGGAGCCUUGUGAGGGGAAGAUAAUAAUCGACGGCGUUGACAUCUGCACGUUAGGACUCCAUGAUUUGAGGUCUAGGUUCGGUAUCAUCCCACAAGAGCCUGUUCUGUUUGAGGGCACGAUUCGUAGCAACAUUGACCCGCUUGAGAAGUACUCCGAUGAGGAAAUUUGGCAGGCCCUGGAUCGUUGUCAGCUCAAAGAAGUUGUGGUUUCAAAACCGGAAAAGCUUGAAGCAUCAGUUGUCAGCAACGGUGAGAACUGGAGCAUGGGGCAACGUCAGCUACUUUGUUUGGGUAGGGUAAUGCUGAAACGCAGUAGGGUACUGUUUAUGGAUGAGGCCACUGCUUCAGUGGACUCCCAAACCGAUGCUGUGAUUCAGAGGAUCAUCCGGGAAGACUUCGCGGCAUGCACCGUCAUCACCAUCGCGCACAGGAUACCGACGGUCAUGGACUGCGACAGAGUCCUGGUUAUAGAUGAUGGACUAUCUAAGGAGUUUGACCAGCCCAUCAACCUGAUUGAGAGGCGGUCGCUGUUUGGAGCACUAGUUCAAGAGUAUGCAAACCGGUCGUCGGAUGCGUCGUAGGCUGGACGAAAUGGUGGCUGGGCUUUUCCACAUUUUUUACUUUGCUUUUUUUUUUGCCGAAAUGGUAGCCUUGGCGGGUGGGGCUGUGUGUUGCAUAGUUUAUCCUGUCGCCCAGAGAUGUGAUUCAAACCACAUAGGGUAGACCAUUCUUAGAGUUAUGCCCUUUAGGAAGGAGGUUUGUUGUAGUUGUAAGGUAAUUUUUCGAAAAUUUGAGCCGGCAUG